AAAGAGAGAGAAAGAGAGAGAGAGAGAGAGAGAGAGAGAAAGAGAGAGAGAGAGAGAGAGAGAGAGAGAGAGAGAGAGAGAGAGAGAGAGAGAGAGAGAGAGAGAGAGAGAGAAAGGCGAAAGAAAUGAUAUAGUCAAAAGAGGGGAAAUAAAAUAAAAGCAAUACAGGCACGGGAAUCAAAUUAGGGAGACAGAAGUACUGCACUCUUUCGUAAAGCAUGUUGGCCAAGAAAAGAAUCUACAUCGCCCUCCCUCUGGUGUUUAUGGCGGUUGUCUACAAGAGUGGCUUGGUCGCGGAUCACACAAGCUCUCUGAAGGCUGUGCUGGCAUCCGUGGGUCUAGAGGGAACUCCAGCUUCUCAGAACAAAAGAAUACCAACUACAGCAUCACACGACGAAGACACCAUUUCGAAGACGCUGCAUCACAACAGCACCUGGUCUUCAGCGCGGGUGUCCUCGCCAAGUACGCUUGGAGAAGAAAGGAAAGAAAACGUCCCCAAUGCAACUCAGACAGAACAAUCCGAGACGAAGAAGAUUCUUUUCUACACCAAGUUCUUCAGCGAGGGCUGGCAGAUCAUCCUGGGCAACAGGACGAACUUGACCUUACAUGAUAGUUGCCCUGAAGUCCGUUGUGUGUUCACCUUUGACCCCGACGGCGACCAAGACGAUGCGGACGCCCUCAUCUUCCACGCUAAUGAUUUCGACGCCAAGGCGGUGCCAAGGGCGCGGCGACCCCACCAAAAGUACAUCUGGUUCAACCUUGAAGCUCCGGUGCCCCCGCAAGGUCACCAGAGAGGCAAUCCCUGGGGUCGCGACUUCUUUAACUGGACCUUCACUUACAACAGGGAGUCGGACUUGUUCAUGCCGUACGGGGUGUUCACGCCGCUUCAAGCUGAAGAACAUAACCUCUCGGGCCGACCUUCCCUUUUGAAUAAAACAAGCUCGACCUUUCUCAAGUACAUGCAAGACCUGAACAACAACGUCUCCCUCGAGGACGACCUCCAGCACGACUGGUCCUCCUUCCUUCGUCGGCCGAAGAUUGUUGCUUGGAUGGUGUCGAACUGCCGUACCUGGUCAG